AUGUAUAGAGGCAUGAAGAUACCAGCAGUGGCUGCCCUUGCUUUUGUUCUCACCCGAGUCUCGCUAGCAAGUCCUGGUUACUGGGCACAUGAUUGUGAUGGGAACUACACAGUGCCCAGCAGCUACCAGAAGAGCUUGGAGCAGCUGUCUGCAGGGCUGCCCGAUGCGGUAUCCUCCUCCCCAGAUCUCUUUGACAAAAAGGUUCUCGGAUCCUGGGGGAGCAGGGUAUAUGGCCUGGGGCGUUGUCGUCCUGGUACAGAUGCAUCUACAUGCAAGGCAUGUCUCGACGAAGCCUUCCAGGAAGCACAGGUCAUAUGCCCAUUGAGGAAGAGGGUGUACAUGUACUACGAAGUUUGUACCCUAGCAUUCGCCGACGAGGACCUUCCAUCUCACUCGGCCGUGCACAAAGUUGCCACUAAGGUCAAUGGUUCUCAGGUGCCCGCCCAGUGCAGCAAGGUAUUCGACAUGGCUAUCAAUGAAUUGAUCACAUAUUUGGUGAAGAUGGCAGCAGUUUCUCCUCACAUGUCUGCCACGGGGCAGAAAGAGUUAGCAGGAGGUGCUUGCACAUACAGCAUAUAUGGCCUUGCAGAAUGUUUCCCAAAAAUGUCAGCUGCCAACUGUAGUGACUGUUUAGAGGAUUUGCUGGUCGUACCUUUUCUUCAUGGACAUCAGAGCGAGUGGAGAUCUUCUUUGACGUGCAGCUACAGGUUGGAGCCACGCCCCUUGUUCGAUGUUGGCAAGGGCGGGUUAGCCACCCCCGGAGGAAAAAAUGGGAAGAAGCAGGUUUGGAUUGUGGUGGGUUGUGUUGCGGGCGCACUGAUAAUAUUAUUGGUCCUACUUCUACUUUGGUGGAAAUUGCCGGCUAAACGCCCUUCUGCCAUAAAGUUCUUUGAUGAUAUCAUAGCCAACGUCCAAGGAAAGACAAUUGUGAUGUUUUUAGACUACGACGGUAGGUUAACGCCGAUUGUGAAAAAGCCUGAAAGGGCCUUCAUGUCCGAGCAGACGCGUAAUGCUGUUAGAGAACUUGCGAUGGCGUUCUCGACUUCAGUCGUCACCGGAAGGAGCUGUGAAAAGGCGAAAGGGUUCAUACAGCUCGACGAGCUGCACUAUGCAGGGAGCCAUGGGCAGGACAUCCAACUGAAUGACGGAACAGAUCCCUUCCAACCUAACAGCGAGUAUUUACAGAUAAUAGCUGAGGCCACAGAGCGUCUAAAAGAGGCUGUCAGAGAGAUCAAAGGUGCCAGUGUGGAAAACAACAAGUUCUGCGUUUCUGUGCACUACCGGGAAGUUCGCAGGGAAAAGGAUAAGGACUUACUUAAGAACAUCGUGAUGAGAAUUGUGACAGAAGAAUUUCCCAAUCUCAAGGUGACCAACGGUAAAAAGGUUCGAGAGGUUCGUCCAGGGCCGAAAUUCGACAAGGGAGACGCCGUCAAGUACCUCCUCCAGCAGCUCACCAACAAACAUAGCUGGGACAGCUCUCGGAUCUUACCAAUCUAUAUUGGUGAUGAUAAGACUGAUGAAGACGCUUUUAAGGUGCUUUCUGAGGAAGGUGGAUUUGGAAUCCGCGUCUGCAAGUGGCGCAAGAGGACUGCAGCUGAGUACUCUCUAAAGAACCCCAGUGAGGUGAAAGAGUUCCUGGAGAAGCUGGUGCGCUGGAGGAGAGAACAGGACCAAGUUUGA